CUCUCUUCUGGGGCUCCCGUCUUCGCUGUCGUUCUGUGUUUUCGCUCUCUGUCUUAAAAAUAUUGUAUCAGGGAAUAAACUUUGUUCAUCUUUAACCGCCCGAAUCCUGGGUCAUUCUUCUCCUCGAUGUUGAACACGCACUAGGAAACCUGCCAAACCGGAAUAAGGGUUCCUUCAGUAGCUAUAGUUUCAUGUAAUAUAUGAUAAUAGCCCUUUUCGUUUUUUCAAGAAAGGCGUCGUCUUUACUUUCGAAGAACAACCCUUUAACGUGAUUGGCUGCUAUUUUUGACACGCCUACUCUGGAAGUAGCGAACAUAUUUAUCCAUCGGUUUUUCCCUGUUGUAUCUAUCUGCUUUUAUCUACUUCUCUCCUACAUUUUGUUCUCCGUCCUUUGGAAAGUUUAAUAGAAAGUGCGCCAUCAUGUCGACUGAAAAGUCUUUCGCAAAAGGAAGUGCUGCUCCUGGCCCGGUCCCUAAAGACCACAUCAGACUUUACAGCAUGAGGUUUUGCCCUUUUGCUCAGAGGACCAGAUUAGUGCUGCACACCAAAGGGAUAAAGUUUGAAACCAUCAACAUCCACCUGAAGGAAAAACCUGAAUGGUUCUUCCAGAAGAACCCCUUAGGUCUUGUCCCGGUGCUGGAGACCCCUGCAGGGGAAAUUAUCUGUGAGUCGUCCAUCACCUCUGAGUACCUGGAUGAAGCCUAUCCAGAGAAGAAGCUGCUUCCAUCCUCUGCUUAUGCCAAAGCUCAGCAAAGAAUGAUGUUGGAGCAUUUUUCAAAGAUCAUACCAUUCUUCUACAGGAUUCCAUCCGCAAAGAGGAAUGGCGAAGAUGUGUCAGGAAUGGAGGCUGAACUGAAAGAAAAAUUGGGGAAACUUAAUGAAGAGUUGGUGCAAAAGAAAACAAAGUUCUUUGGAGGCGAUUCCAUCACAAUGAUUGAUUAUAUGAUGUGGCCACAUUUUGAGAGAACUGAGGUCUACGGGGUGCAGAACUGCCUGGAGCACACACCUGAGCUGAAGAAGUGGAUGGGGCGAAUGUUGGAGGAUCCAGCUGUGAAGGCAACAAUGUUCAGCAAAGAAGCACACGAGGCCUUCUACAAGAGCUUCAUAGACGGGAAACCAGAUUAUGACUACGGCCUUUAAAGCACUCCGUCCAAAACGGUCAUCCGUCCUUUUUUUCAUGUCCAAAGUCUGUCCUCAGAUUUUUUUGUUUUUUUUUUAUUUGUCAUCCAUCCUCAAAUAUUUGGUGGUGCAGAAUAGCCCUCCCCCAAAAA